GCGGGGCUCAGGCUAAGCUUAGCUCAAGACAACAACGAUUGGUUUUUAAUACACUGCUUGCCAAUAUUUGUUGUUGCAGCAACCAAACAUGGAGGAAGUGGACAACAUUAUCAUUACCACUCUGAAGGAGAUUGGUUGUAACCUGGAUGAGGAGGUGACUGGUCUGCAAGGCUUCUCUGCUGACCAUGUCGUUGAGGCAUGUGUUCGAUGUCUGCGACUCAUCAACUCAGAAUUCAAGAGCUCUACUCAUUUGCCUGAGGCCAUGUCGUCACGAUACAGAAUGUGCACCAGCCUUGCCAACACCAUCCAGGCUCUUGGCUAUCCUGGCGAGAUUGGAUACCAGACCUUCCUCUAUUCCAGCAUCAAGGAGUGGCGAAAACUGCUCAUGUUUCUGCUGGAGAAACUCCCUCGUGAGAAUGCCCAAACCUCCGAUGAGCCCACUGGCACUAGAGUCAUGCUGGGACGUGUCAUAGCAGCUGAGCUAUCUCUACGACUACAGUCUCCAUGGACACCAGCAUUGUGCAAGAAGGAGAGCACUGCAUGGAGUGGAAACAGCUCUUGGCUUGAGGGAACUAGAAGUGUCCAUGCUUACCAUGGAAUGGAUGUCCAGGCUCCUACUGGAACUGCUGACCUAACUGUUAAACUUCCCAAAGAUUUGAAGCAGUACUACAAUCGACACAUGCCCUACAUGUCUGCCCAACUGAGAAUUAGGAAAGAUGUUCUGUCUUCUCUCUUGGAAAAGAACGCCAACGAGGUGGCUGCUCAGCAAGAGUGGGAGGCUGAGUGGAACCAGCUAGGCCUCUCUUCAAGGCUCUCAGAGGAGGAGUACAGGGCAAGAAAGAAACAGAAGCUGCAAAAGAAACUUGCCGACCAGCUCCGUACUAGCCUGCAACAAGGGAGGACGACAGCGUCUGCUGGUCUUGGACUGGGGUCAGACCUGCAAACCAUCCUCAACUCUUUUGCGGACAAGGGGUCAGAGUACCAAGGCACUGGCAGUCGAUUCCAGCAUGCCGAGAAACUUCAGUUUGCUUUGGAAGAUGACGGCCCUCAAGUGGAGGAGGCCACGGAGGAAGAGCUUCAGCAGCGUCGUGAGGAGGAGCUGACUGGGCUACAGGAUCAGUUGGCCGACCUUACCUCCAAGCUGGAGCUGUUGGACCUCAACAUGAAGAAAUACAAGGCCAGUAUGGGACAGAUGGGUGAGCUGCAAACGCAGGGAGCCACCAAAAACAAAGAGGAAGAGGAGGCUUACAAGGUGAAAAAGAAGACGUUUGACCUCCUCCCGAAUGCUGAUGAGAACAUUACCAAACUGAAGGAGCUAAUCCAGAAGAGUGCUGACCGUCUAGCCCUCCUCUCUAGCAAGUGGGAGGAGAUUAGGGGCCCGCUCAUGAACAAGUAUCGAACCCUCAAGGCAGACUCUGAGAACAAAGAGAGUGAAUCCACAAAACUGCUCGAGGAGAUCCGUUUCAUGCGAGAGAGAAUGAAAGAACUUGCCGAUGAAACACGACUCAAGGAUGACCUCUACAAGCAAUUGGUGGCAGAGUAUGAACGUAUGGCUAAAGAUGUGAGCCGUACCUCAUACACACGUCGCAUUAUGGAGAUAGUGGCAAACAUUCAGCGCCAGAAGGAAGACAUUGGCAAGGUGCUGCAGGACAUGAGGAUGGUACAGAAAGAGAUCAACUCUCUUACUGGACGCUUGGAGCGAGUCUUUACCGUCACAGAUGAGCAGGUCUACAAGGGUGCACGUAAAGACGAAGCCAGGAGGGCUGCUUACAAGUUACUGGCCAACAUUAGAGAUGGCUGUGAGUUGGUGGUUGAGGCCAUCAAAGACACUGGACAAAUCAAGAGAGAGCAAAGAGACCUGGAAGAACAGAUUGACACCGAGAACGGGAAGAAGGUGAAGGCCAACCUGGACCGCAUCAGUGCAGACUUUGAUGAAAUGAAGAAAGAGAACUCACAGCUUAUUGCUAAACUGAAGUCUAGAUCACAGUAACUUUAAUUUUGAGUUAAUUAGUGUGUAUGUACUGUAACGUUUGUGUUACGUACAGUAGGGGGAGAUUAUUAGUUAUUCCAAUUUGUCAUAUUCAGUGUUCAAGGUUUAUUGACAACCAGGAAGUUAAUAUUAUCAUAAGGAAAUGCA